GCACCCAUCCGCACCAACCGCUGGGCGUGUCCCCAUUGCCCCUACGUCCAGCACAACCGUCGCUCUCCCGACCUCAAGCGCCAUAUCGAAACGCAUACGCUUGGUGUGGAUGUUGCGAUGUGGGUGUGCUGUGGGGUAUACGCGUUGGACGCGUUGGAUCAGGGCGUUUCCGUGGAGGUCGUGCGGCAAGGGCACAUCAUGGACUUUGAUGGGGUACCGAUGAUUGGGGGAUGCAUGAAGACGUUCAGCAGGAAGGAUGCACUGAUCCGGCAUUUGAAGGCGCAGAAGGGCAAGUGCUUUGGGGAC